GGCGAGGGGUGGGGAUUAGCCAUAGUAGCGAAAUGCAGUCGACUGCGCCUAUAAAAGCAGAUGCCUGCCCGAUUCCCACAUUAGUUUCAUCUCUUUGCUUCAGCUGUGCGGUAGCCGAAACAUCAACAAACAAUGCGUGGAUUUAUUCUGAUUUUCCUGUGGGCUGCCGUUUGCGGCGCUGACAAGCUGGGCUACAACUACCAGCCAGUGGCUCACUCGGAUGAGGGGCUAUCGUUUGUGACCGGCAGCGGAGGCGCAGGGGCAACUGGCGUGCAGCAGGGCGAGGCUGAGCUAUCGUUGCCCAUUGCGGCGCCACUCGCUGCACCGGCGCCAAGUGGCAUCGUUCCGCAGCCGGCACCGCUUAUCGAGGAGUUCCAAAAAGAAUUCUACACAUAUGCUGCGCCCGAGGACCAGUUCAACGAGAACAUUAAUAAUCAGCAGAUUGCCGACUCGCUGAAGAAAAAUCUGCGCAUUGUGUUUAUUCGCGCGCCCGAGAAUCGCGGCUUCGAGCGCGCGGCCCUUGAACUGGCCAAGCAAUCAGCCCAGCAGGAGACGGCCAUCUAUGUGCUGACCAAGCAGACGGAUGUUGCCAAUCUGGCCAAACAGCUCAACGCACUCAAGUCGACUUCCAGCAAUAAGCCCGAAGUCCACUUCGUCAAAUACCGCACCCCACAGGAUGCUGCCAACGCCCAGCUGGCUAUUCAGAAUCAAUAUAAUCAGUUGCCCGGCGUCUCUCGCAUCUCCAAUGAAGGAAGUGCACCAGUUUUGAACUUUGCCUCCCAGGCUUCUGCUGCCCCAGUCAAUGAAGCUCGCUCGCCCAGCUCUGAGUACUUGCCGAGCAAUGUGGUCUCUUCACUGGAUUACCUGCCCCCCGCACUGCGUCGCUUCCGUGUCAAAUAAACUGUGACGCCGUCUUAUCGAUGGUUACGAUUCCUAUACGCUAACACACGCCCAUACAACCGUACCUACACCCGCCAUUAG